AUGCCUCCCAAAAAACGCUCCAGCGACGUGGAUUCUAAUGGCAGUUCUAAAAAACGCAAGCAGGAGAAGAAUGAUGCAGUGAAGGCGGAUUCUAGUGAGGCCAGGGAUUCGGGCAGGGACGAUGCUGAGCUUGACGGCGGAGACGUUGACACAGAAAAUGACAGCGGUUUUAAAAUUGAACCUCCUAUGCUCUGCGGGGAGCUCUUGUUUUGCGGCGCCACCAACUGGGACCUUGUUGGCAGGAAAGCUCUUCCUAAGGGGAUGAAAAACUUGGGCGGGCCUAAUCUCUGGGGUCCAAACAGAAUCGAGUCACUUAAAGGCAUCAAAGUGAGGACUGUGGCCUCUGGUUGUAAUGCUGCUCACUGUGUCGCUAUCACAAACGAAGGGAAAGUGUUUGUCUGGGGACGUAACGAGAAGGGUCAGCUAGGACUGGGAAACACAGACAGGCAAGACACGCCCCAGGUGUUGGAGGCUUUCCAGGGCCAGAAUAUCGUUGCAGCAGCAUGCGGGCGCAAACAUACCCUCUUUCUGACAGAGAAGGGUAAAGUGUUUGGUUGUGGAGAAAACAAAAUGGGACAGCUGGGCUUAGGCAACCAGAGCGAGCAGGUGCUGUUACCGACACAGAUCAGAUACAAGGGCCCUCCGAUUCGACGGAUCUCCUGCGGCGGAGAGUUCAGCGCUAUAUCAGACAUCAACGGCAAUGUUUACAGUUUUGGAUGUCCAGAGUAUGGGCAGUUGGGACACAACACAGAUGGCAAGUAUUUUGUCAAGAGCAACAAGAUAGAGUUCCAGUGUGAGAAUGUUCCCAGGGUCAUCACAGUGUUUGUGGAAAAACAACGAGAUGGACAGGUGUCGUCAGUCACUGAUGUCGACGUGAGGGAAAUCGCUUGUGGUGCUAACCAUGCGCUUGUUGUUGACAGUAAAAAACGAGUGUUCUCCUGGGGCUUUGGCGGCUAUGGGAGACUUGGACAUUCAGAUCCUAAAGACGAGAUGGUGCCGAGACUUCUGAAAUUCUUCGACGGGCCGAAUCGUGGCGCUGUACAGAUUGCUGCAGGCUCAACGUGUUCUAUGGCCGUCAAUGAGCAUGGUGCAUUGUUCUUUUGGGGCCAGACAAAAACCUCUGGUGAAGCCAACAUGUACCCGAAGCUAGUGCAGGACCUGUCUGGGUGGAAGAUCCGCAGCAUUGGAACAAGUAACAAGAGCAUCGUUGUGGCAGCAGACGAGAGUGUAGUGAGUUGGGGCCCUUCUCCGUGCUUCGGAGAGUUGGGUUACGGCGAGGGUGGCAUCAAAUCCUCGACAGUUCCGAAAGAAAUGAAGACUUUGGAAGGCAUCUACGUUCACAGCGUGGCCUGCGGGUUCUCCCAUACACUCCUCAUUGCCAGAAACGACACAGAGGAAGACCAGAAAAACCUGGACAAGUUGCCAGUUUACAAGCCAUGA